UACUAUGAAGUAUAAUUUAUUGGAAAAACAUGUCUCUAAAUUAAGUAGAAAUUGCAGUCAAUGAAAAGACUGAAAUGGUGCUUAGGAUAUGCUAGUAAGGUUAUCAAGAAUAAUCGCAUCAACUUUUUGGUAAUUAAAAAUCGGAUUUUUUCCCUGGAAAUUGUCUGAAAACGUUGAAAUUAUGUUUUUUUCUUGAGAAUAUAAAUUAAAUUGCAAGGAAAUCGGAACUAACUAUUAGACAUCAACCAGUCAUAUUUCACAAUCUGUUUUUUUUUCGCUGGAUACUGCAAAGAAUUGGCACUUACGUCACUUUGGCGUCCUUACUUGUUGCUAAAUCCAUCGAUACACGAUCGGACUCGGAUUGGAAACUUUCAUUCUAAAUUGACUAACGAAGCAGUAAUCUAAUACCACUCAGUGCGGAAACAUCUGUUUGACACCAAGCAUCACUGAUUGCUAACGAUCUGAUUCACAUUAACGACUCGGUCAGGUUCGGCUUAAUUACCACUCUACUCUAGAGUGAUGACUUUCGGCUAGCCGAACGAAAGAAAAACUCAUUGAAUCAAUUCCAUGCUUUCGACUCGACGAAGCGACAAGCCGAACGUUUAUAAUUGGUGAUCACAAAACUUGUUAGUUUAAAACAAGAAUGGACACCAUACUGUUAAACCAGAACCGCUUGAAAAAAGUUUCCCAGCUCAAUAUCAACUUCUAUACGUCGAUCGAGAAACUACCGGAUAAGGUCAUUUUGCACAUCUUUUCCUACCUGAGUCACCUUGAAAUAUGUCGCAUGGCCAUGAUCUGCCGCCGGUGGCGUACGAUCGCUUACGACUCCAAGCUGUGGAAGAAUGUAUCGCUUCGUCCGGAAGUUUCCGGCCUACACGUCAGCUCCCUGGAAUCGUUGUUGCAGAUGAUUUCGGUACGUUUCGGUGCCUCGCUUCGCUACAUCGAGCUUCCGAUCGAGCUGAUCACCCAUACGGUACUGCAUGAGCUAUCCAGCAAAUGUCCCAACUUGACGCACAUGUUGCUGGAUUUCUCCACCGCUAUGCAACUGCAUGACUUCAGCGAAAUGCAAGCCUUUCCGGCCAAACUUCGCUACAUGUGCAUCUGCCUGUCGGAGGUCAUCUUCAUGGAGGGUUUCAUGCGUAAAAUAUACAACUUUAUCAACGGUCUAGAAGUGCUUCAUCUCAUUGGUACGUACGAGAAGUGCGAGGAAGAAGAGGAGGAAAUCUACGAGGUCAUCAACGUGCAUAAGCUGAAAUCGGCCACACCGAAUCUGCGAGUUAUCAAUCUGUACGGGAUCAACUUCAUCGACGAUUCGCACAUCGACGCCUUCAGUUCCAACUGUAUUCAGCUGGAAUGUCUGGCCGUCAAUUACUGCAACAAAGUCACCGGAUCAACGUUGAAGGCUCUACUCGCACGGUCCAAACAGUUGAAGUGUCUACUGAUGAACGGUACGGAUCUGAAAUCGGAAUUUGUCAUGCAAGCCGAAUGGGAUAAGUGUUCGGUUCAGGAGCUGGACAUUUCGGGAACCGAUUUAAGCACCGAAUGUCUCAUCGAUAUUCUCACCCGUAUUCCGACACUACGCUUCCUAAGUGCCGGACAGAUCAACGGGUUCAACGAUUCGGUUCUGAAAGCCUGGGCCGAAAGUGGAGGCCCGAAAAAUCUCAUUGCGCUGGAUCUUGAUUCGUCGGACAAUAUUUCCGACGAAGCCCUGGGACGUUUUAUAACUCGUUACGGCGGUCAGUUACAGGCCUGCGUAUUGUCCGGUAUGACACAUAUCACCGAUCAGCUGUGGAUGACCAUUCUUCCGACCUUGGUGAACGUUAUGAUCGUUGUGAUGGGAACAACCGAGCGGCUAGGCGGUAACAUCCAUGUCGAUCAGCUGAUGGACACGAUCGGAUCGUCGUGUCCGAAACUGGAGCGCCUGGAACUACGCUGGGAUCCGGAGAACCUUCGCUUUUCCGACAAGAGUCAAAAGGCAAUCGAUCUGUUGCGUGUGAAGUGUCCCAAGCUACGAUGCAUGGUACUGAGCGAUGGUCGCUACUACGAAACCGUCAAGGCGAACUUCGAGCGUGCAGAUCGAUUAACGGUGGUUCGAACCACCACCAGUUGCCGUGUCUCGGGCUAUCACGUGCUGAGCAACUACAAUGACUUGAUCUUCAAUUAAACUAAAACGGUACUACUAAAUUCACUACGAAUCAAAUUUGAAAUAGUGUUUUGGAUUGGAGGAUACCAACUAAAAGGCAGGUUAAACAGAAUUCAAUAGAAGGAGGAAUAUGAUGGUGUAUUGUUGGCGAGAAUACAGUAAAAGAUGGAGUGUUGAUUAAAACUUUGUUACUUCA